GAAGAGAUAAUCUCCUGAUUUUUCGGGAUUGGAAAUUUCGAGAGAGAAAUGGGAUCGUUAUCCCGCAUCGAUUUACGAAUCAUAUUUCAAGGAAAGAACCUUCUCGGCGCUGGGGACUAUCGUGUGUGAAAGCGGUUGGCUUCGGUCAAGCUGAUCGAUACGCGAAGUGCGAACGCGGCCGUCGAAUCGCCACGGAAACUGCCGAAGCGCGUCGACAGUAGCCGAAGCACGUCGAGGAGGCCCGAAGUGAGGCGGACGCGGCCGAAGUGUGGUUGAGAAGCGACGCAUAGUGAACGACGCGCGGGGGCCCCUCUCAGCUCUCUGUACGGAUUCGCAGCGAACGGCGUACGCUUUUAACGGGCGCGGCUUUGCGUGUUUCGAAGCUGGCGUUUCACGCGGUAAAAUGUCCUCCCUCGACUAUUUGGACCUGUGCCGAUUAUGUCUCGUGAAGGACCGCGUCUCCGUACCGAUUUUCGAGGGCGAGGGCGACGUGCGGCAGAUUUUCCUCAAGAUCACCGCCUGUUUGCCGGUCAAGGUGAACAGGGAAGACAAAUUACCUAAGAAGAUAUGCGAUGAUUGCGUGUAUAAAGUAGAGUUAUGUUAUCAAUUUUGGCAUACGACAGCAAAUGCUGAGAAACAGUUGCUCCAAUGGCUAGGCGAAGUGAAUAUGGAAGACAAACAGGGUUAUAAUGUUCUCAAUCCGAAUGGACUAAAGUCAGAUCAGAACAAUGAGAACAGGUUAGAUGGUACUGUGAUGCAACAAGUAAGCGAACAUCAGAAUAAUAUGAAUAUGAGUAUGAUGGACAACAUGAGCCUCAGUAUGCCCAUGAUGAUGUCAAGUAAUACCCAGCAACAAAUAACUUCAGUUCCUAUGGACAACAGUGGUAGCUCUGUACAAAAUAUUCAACCAGUAGCUGGACCAAGCACGCAAACGACACAUGACCAAAUCACACAGAAUCAAACAGACGCGCCUACGCAACAGGAAGAAGAAGACGAGAGCAGUGAUGAAGAUGAAAACUCGGACGAUGAAUGUGAUGGAGAUGAAGGCCUACCCAUAAAAGAAGAAAGUGAAGAAGAUCCUAAUAAUAGAACUAUUGAGCCUACAACAUUUGUCAACGUUUCUUUGGCGUGUGACGAAGCAGGACCUUCAGGACUUCAACAACAGAAAAUUACAGAUAUGCCAGAGAUAGUAAUACCACAAACAUCAGAUGUGGAUCCGAAAACUGGGAAACCGACAGCGGAUAUUUUUGCCAGCGAAGCGGAGACGAAUAAAACUGGAGCAAAAACAUCGACUUUUGCAUGUAAACAAGAAAAGAAGUCACAGAAGGGUUAUGAAGAAAAAUGCAAUUCGUUCGUCUGCAAUAUCUGUCUUAAAUACUUCAAGAGCAAGUACUUACUGAAACGUCAUGAACUCACGCACACGGCGGAGAUUAUGCGCGGAUGUGAAACGGACGUGAAAGAAAAUUCUACAUUCACUGAUGAGGUGCCGCAAAAGCAAGCACCUCUCCCAUGCGUAACGUGCGAUUUUCGCUGCAAUAAGAGAUCCACGAUGAUCGCGCAUCUUGCCGAGAAACACGACGGAAUCGCAAACAAUGACAGAUUCGCCGGUGACAAGCGCGAGUUUACCUGCGUCGUCUGCGGCUUGGUGUUCACCCGCAAAGAGAGCCUGAGGUCGCAUUUCAUCCGUAAACAUACUCAACAUUAUGCUUACUCGUGUGAGCAUUGUGGCAAGGGGUUCAAAGUUAAGGGUGACCUCACCACCCAUACCCGGUUGAAUCAUCAGGAGUCACCGGUGGUGUGUGGUGUCUGUGGCAAAACCUGUCGAAAUAGCCACAGUCUAUACACUCAUCAGAAACAUGCGCAUUACAAGGCAAAAUAUGAAUGUCCGUUGUGCCAUCGACGGCUCGUAACACAACAAAAUCUGGAUCAGCACUUGCUGACGCAGCAUGAGAGGAAGGAAAAGUCGGUGUGUGAGCAAUGCGGCAAGACCUUCUUCGAAAAUUACGAUUUGAGGAAGCAUAUGAGAAUUCAUACGGGCGACAAACCGUAUAGCUGCACAGUCUGCGGCAGAGCGUUUGCCAGGCACAGCAGCCUGAGCCAGCACCUCCUUCUGCAUACCGGCGAGCGUAUCUACGCCUGCGACGUAUGCGGCAAGACGUUUGCUCAAAAGGCCGGUCUUAUCUGUCACAGGAAAAUUCACUCGGGCGCGUAUAAUUCUCGUGGCAUUUUCAUCUUUGGUAAUGAAUCGCUGGUGAUGAAGACGUGGCAAAUUUUGGAAUUUGAUGGCAAACCGUAUUAUGCGUUUGUUCCUGAAGGCGAUGUGCCUUUACCGGACGAAGAUAUACUAGAUCAAGUAGAAUCAUUAGAGGAGGAAGUAGAAAUAAUAAAAAAUGGGAAUAUUGGUAUAGAUAAUGUAAAACGGAAUUACUCGGAGGAGGAAUACGUUUGUACGGAAGAGAAAUCAUACAAUGUUGAGAGCAUUCUUAACGAAAAUGUUGAGGAAAUAGAGGAAUUGGAUAUAAAACCGAUCAUACUAAACGGCAUCAAUGAAGCUGUGGAUGGCAAAACAGCUGGAGAUUUAUAUCAGGUGAAAGUAGAGGGUAGUAUGGUGACUAUCGAGAAACUUGCGUCCAAUACAGAGACAGAUGGGAAAACAACCGAAGAUCAGAUGGAGGAUAUAAAUGAUGAUGAGGGAGAAAUAGAAUAUCUUGAGGAAGCAAUGCUAGAUGUACCUAGCAUUGCUCCCUCCCCUAGCAAUAAAGCAUCGCGUAUGAAAACACCUGCCAAGAAUUCCAGUGAGGCUAUGAAGUGCAAAUUGUGCUCGGAGACAUUUGAUACGAUUUUAGCCUUUAGAAAACACGUAGCAUGGAGUCAUAAAAAGAAGAUGUGCAUAAUAGAGAAUGAUGCUUAUAUAUGCGCUGUGUGCGGCUUUAAAACUCAGAAGAAGAGUUUGUUUGCCGCUCAUCUGGAUAGGAAGCAUGAAACUUGGAAGUCCCGAAGACGGUCUACCAAUACGAAAUUUCCUUGUAGUGCUUGCGGUUUUAUUUGUAGAUCGAAGCAUUCCUUGCAGUCUCACUUUACGAGGAAACAUACGGACAAGUACGAGCAUCAGUGCAGUUUCUGCUCAAAAAAGUUUAAGGUCAAGGGGGAUCUAACGAAUCAUAUACGAUUUCAUCAUAAAGAGAAGCCGGUCAAGUGCGACGUAUGUGGUAAACUGUGCCUUAAUUCCGGUUCGCUUUACGUCCAUCAAAAGUGGGCACACUACAAACCUCAAUACGAGUGUCACAUCUGUAAAAGACGUAUGGUAACACAAGAAAAUCUGGAUCAACAUUUGGUGACACAGCACGAAAAACGCGACAAGAUAGUCUGCGCGGAAUGUGGUAAAACUUUUACAAAGAAAGAUUCAUUCAAGAGACACAUGGUGGUACAUACAGGAUGCAAACCGCAUUCCUGUAUGAUCUGUAGCAAACCCUUCGCACGAAGAUCCCAGUUGCGUCAGCAUCUGCUUAUUCAUACCGGCAAGCGUCCAUUUGUAUGUGACAUAUGUGGCAAAGCAUUCACGCAAAAGCCAGGCUUGAUCUGCCACAGAAAAACUCAUCCUGGCCAGCAUCCGCCAUUACCCGUGAUGCCAAUCGCAGAUUUUGUUAAAGAAUUCACUGAUGGAUAUGUACAGGAAAUGAACGCGCCAGAGAACGAAGAGGAGAUCAAUGAGGAAGAAGUAUUGAACAUUUAAUUCGUCAUAGUGGAUCCAUUGAACAUUGAAUCCAAUAUCCAAAAAUCAUUCGUCGGAAUUGAAUGCGAACGGACGGAAAGAGAAAAGUCGUUAAUAGAAUAUGAAGAACGAAUAUCAGAAAUAAAUACGAAUUUAAUGAGAGAAAAGCUUAAUCAGCAAAUCAUAAUUGAAGAGAAUCGAUCGAUUAGAAAGAAGGCGUGUGUAGAGUGCGAUCACUGUCGCCGUAAAUUCUUGAAGAAGAGUAACCUCGUCGAACAUCUGAAGCAACACAGACACAAAUGCGCUGAUUGCCCGAAAACUUUCAGCCUGCGACGUUAUCUGGCCUCUCAUAUCGAGAAGAAUCAUCGGCAGCAGAUGUAUGAGUGCAGCGUGUGCAAGUAUAAGAGUAAUAACAAGGGAACCUUGAAGAAUCACUACAUCCGAUUACACACGAGCAACUACGAUUACGCGUGCGAUACGUGUGGCAAGCAAUUCAAAAUAAAAAAGGCUCUGAAUCACCAUGUGAAGCAAAACCACAGCGAAGCUCCGCCGAUUGUGUGCGAUGUCUGCGGUCAUUUCAGUAAAAAUCUCCACGCCCUCAAGGCCCACAUGAAAUAUAGACACUACAAGCCGGAGUUUGUCUGUCGAAUAUGUCGACGAGGUAUGACCACGCAGGAAAAUUUAGAGCAGCAUCUCAUGUGGCAUGAAACUAGGGAGAAGGUACUCUGUCCGACUUGCGGCAAGAGAUUCCGGGGACGCGAUCUGGACUCACACAUGAGAGUACACACUGGAGUGAAGCCAUUUCCUUGCCCUGUCUGCGGAAAAACUUUUCGACGGCAAACUGCUCAAGAACAACACGUGUUGAUCCAUACCGGAAAAAGACCAUACAUUUGCGAUAUUUGUGGUCAGACAUUUGCCCAAAAGCCCGGUUUGAUCUGCCACAGAAAAAGACAUCCUGGCCCCCUGCCUCCGCUACCUGUAGUCUCUAUCAAGAAUAUUGUCACCGAUGGUUCACCUGUGGAUCCUCUGGUCAUGGACGCCAAUAAUGUGGAACACUUGUCCGAAACCAUAGAAUGCUUACCUGAGUACGACUUAUUACCAAAUAAAAUCAAACGAUACAUCGCUAGGAGAGAAAGAAAAAUAAAAGAAGAUACGAGAAAACAGAGCAAAAUCAGUCAGAACAAAAUUAAUAAAAAGAAACCUAAACUUUCUUUCGAGUGCGCCACAUGCGGCCAAUGUUUUAGUCAGAAAGCUACCAUGAUAAAACACAUGAGCUUGCAUAAAUAUCAAUGCCAAACUUGUUGCCAGAGCUUUAGCCUGAAGCGAGAAUUGAAGCGCCAUAUCAUGAAUGUUCAUGGACCUCUCCUGUAUCCAUGCAGCAUCUGUGACUACAAGAGCAACAACAAAUGCACUUUAAAGGAUCACUUUAUACGGAAACACACUAGCGGCUUUCAGCAUUCUUGUACGGUUUGCAAUAAGCAGUUCAAAAUAAAAAACGAUCUGAAACAACACAUGAAUCAAGUUCAUAGUGGUGAACCGCCCAUCAUCUGCAGCAUCUGCGGACACGCUUGCAAGAAUGUUCCCGCUAUCAAGGCGCACAUGAAGUAUCGACAUUAUAAACCGGCUUACGAAUGCAAAAUAUGCAAGCGUGGUCUUACCACUCAAGAGUAUCUCGACCAACACUUGAUCUGGCAUGAAAGAAAGGAGAAGGUCAUCUGUCCUACCUGUGGCAAAACCUUCGGUCAGAAGAGGGACUUGGACCUUCAUUUGAGGAUUCAUCAGGGUAUCCGACCAUUCUCUUGUCCAGUCUGCGGCAAAACCUUUCCCCGAAAGACUGCACAAGAACAACAUAUAUUAAUUCACACCGGCAAAAAGCCGUACAUCUGCGACAUAUGCGGACACACCUUUGCGCAAAAACCCGGACUUAUUUGUCACAGGAAACGGCAUCCUGGACCGUUACCACCCUUGCCUGUGGUAUCCAUUAAGAAAAUAAUCAUGGAAUGUAUUUCAUUAUUCUCCUCUCCUUUCAGGCAAAGACGGGGUAGAUCGCGCGACGUGCACCAAUGCGUCAAAUGUGGGGCUCGCUUCCGUCAUACGCGGAAGCUCGUGGAGCAUCUGAAGAAUCUGCAUAACAUCGACCGAGCAUUUAGCUGUGAUGAAUGCAGCAAGACAUUUCGCAGCCCGAUGAAUAUAGCUCGCCACAAACUAAUUCACACAGGGUUGAGGGUGUUCAAUUGUGAUCUCUGCGAGUACAGCACUAACCAGAAAUCCAAUCUGGAAUGCCAUCGUCGUCGACAUGCGAAGGACUAUAGCUUUAAGUGCGAGACCUGUGAUAAGGGCUUUUAUUACAGGACUGAGUAUAUAGAGCACCAGAAUACGCACACCAACAAGAAUCCGUAUCGCUGUGAACAUUGUUGUAAGCAUUACAAAUACAAAAAGAAUCUAUUAGUACAUUUAGGGUUGUAUCACACUAGCAAACAAACCGCUGUAACUGCAAGGAACGUGAGGACGAGGCACGCGUGUAAGUUUUGUCCGGAGAGAUUUGUAUAUAAAAGAUUGUUGGAUAGGCACAUGAAAAAUCAGCACGGCUUUACGAACGCUCCGGCGAAGCACCUAUGCGAUCUGUGUGGUGCAGAAUUGUCAUCGAUGAGACGACUGAUAGUGCACAAAUGCAGCCACACAGGCGAGAAAAUUUUUGAAUGCGACAUGUGCGAUAAGAAGUUCGCCAGUAAGGAGAAUCUGAAUAUUCACAAACGAACGCACACAGGUGAUAAACCGCAUAUGUGUCCACAGUGUGGCCGCGGUUUCACGCAAAGGACAUCCUUGGUUUUUCAUCUGCGAUAUCACUUGGGUCAGAGGCCUUACCAAUGUCCGGAUUGUGAUAAAGGAUUUGUGUCCAAUACCUUGCUCAAGAGACAUCACAAAAUGCAUGAGAAGAUCACGCAACCUAACCAGUGGACGAAUAAUCACGAUUUGAAGAUGAAGAAUGGAGACUUGCUUGAUUUUGGACAGAAAUUUGAAGGUGGUGAAAAGAUCUGCGAAUUAUGUCAAGCAAAAUUUCACUUCGUUACCAGACUAGUUGCGCACCUCAGAAUAACGCAUGGCAUCCAUCGUCCUUUCAAGUGUGUUAUCUGCGGGAAGAAUUAUCCCCAGCAGUUCAUGCUUAACGCUCACGUGAAGAAAUCACACAUGCCGAAGACUGUGCCGUGCAUCCAGUGUAACUUUAUGGGUGUCAGUGUGACAGAUGUAGAAAAACACAAACGGCGACGUCACCCAGAAUUCACGUGCGAGAUUUGCAGUGAGGAUUUUGUCGACAAGGACGCUCUAAUCGCGCACGCAGCAACGCACGAUUUCAUGCAGCGUUGCAACGCUUGCGAUAGCAUCUUCAACGACAUGUACAGCUUGAAGGAACACAAUCGUCUCUAUCAUUAUGAUCCUGCAUCGAACGAGAAGUUUGAGGAAUCUAGCGAGAACGAGUCCGAGCACAAAUGCGACAUUUGCGGCAAGAUUUAUAAGUAUAGGUCGAUGCUGAAGCAACACAAGGUCAGGACUCAUGGUGUCCCAUCGAACGGCGAGAGGCGCAAAUACCUUUGCGCAUUGUGCGGCAAGGAGCUGAAGACCGCGAAGGGCCUCGAAAUUCACAAUAGAUCGCACACCGGUGAAAAACCAUAUACUUGUGAAGUGUGCGGCAAAUGUUUUGCCUGUGACACCAUGUUGAGAACCCACAAUGUCACACACACUGGAGAACGGAAGUAUUCGUGUGACCAAUGCGGCAAGGCCUUCACACAGAGAUCUACUCUGGUUGUUCACAAGCGAUAUCACACGGGGGAGCGACCGUACAUUUGUUCUCGGUGCAAUAAGGGUUUCAUCACACGAACUGUCCUUAAUACUCAUAUGAAGUCUUGCCGUUGA